AUGACAGACCAAGGAACGUGCUACUUAUUGCUUCCAUCGCCAAGGAACUCACUCCUUCCAGAUUUAGCGCACUAUCUAGGCUUAAAUAUUACUUUUAAGGACAACAAAGAUCCUCAUUAUCUUGAAACUUUUCCCCUUCAUAGAGCUCCAUCAUUUGAAUCAAAGGAUGGAUUUAAACUACAUGAAGCAAUGACAAUAUUAAAAUACUUUAUAUCGCUUCGGCCGGUGGAUUGCAAGUACAAUUUCUUUGGACACAGCAAGCGGGAAGAAGCUCAAGUUUGGCAAUGGGUAUCAUUCACAAACUCAGAUUGUAUAGUUGCAUUAGUUGAUUAUCUUGAUAAGCCAAUGACUCCAGAAGGAAAGAAAGCAGCAUGGAAGUGGUCCGAACAAAAUGCGCAAGAGUUCGAGAGACAACUAGAAACGACUCCCUAUCUCGUUGGAUCCGAAAAAACCUUAGCAGAUAUUUACGGUGUCCAACUCUUCAUAUGGGGUUUUCAGGUUUGUUGGUAUAAAGAUUGGUUGGCAAAACAUCCAGCCAUUGAAAAGUGGUUCCGGAAAAUCGUUGACAACGAUGAAAUUGUGUCUCGGACAUACAAAGGCUUUGGACCCGAAAAAUGA